AUGUGUUUCGAUGAACAAAAUCUCAAAGCUGUCACUCUCAGAGUCGAGUACCUAAAGAAUGCAACGAAGCCGAGAGGAAACAUGCGUACCAAUGUCGGCCUCAAACCAUUCAGGGAGUCGACCGAGGAUGAGGAGUACCAGUAUGAGGAUGACUUGCCAUCAAAGAACGGUGAAGGUUCAAGCGGUGCCAAGGUCUCUGCAGUUCCCUUUACCAGCAAUCGGGAGGGUCUUCGUAGCCGUGUUCCUGUUGCUUCGAGUGCUGAUGGUGUCGCCAAUGACAACGAUAAGCCUGUUACCUCGAAGCGAAGAUGGGCCAACAUACCUAAGUCUAUGAUGUUCUUCCCACCUCUUAAUGAUGACAAGGAUUCUACUAUCUCAAAGGCUGUCGACCCUAGCGCUGAUAAGCUGGCUAGCGACGAGAAUCCCGUCAUCCCGCCACCUAUCUUGUCCCAGGUCGUCGCUACUCAAGCCGUCGCACAGCCCAUCAUCACUAAGGCAGAGAAGGAAACCGUCGACCGAAUUCUUGUUCUUCUGGGGUUACUUUCAGGGCGUUUGAAUAGUGCACAAGCCUCUGGUAGCGGUAGCAACCUCGUUGACACAGUCCAAAAGCCAAUGGCUAAGGGCAACGCUAAGUCUAUCUCCACUACCCGUCAUCGAGCCAAGUCUACUGCCGAUGAUAGCUCUGAUUGCGUCGACGAUGAUGGCUCUUCCAACUCGGACUCCGACGGUAUCGAGAAGAAGAAGAAGAAAGUCGUAGCGCCUGAGAGAUCAACUAAGCACAAGAAGCCUAGCAAGGAAGACCCAGAUGCAGACUAUGACGAUGGUGCGCUGAAGAAGAGAUCUGCGGGCGAUGGAGAUUCCGGAAGCCGAAAGCGGAAGUACAAGCGUAAAUUCUGA